AUGCCAAAGUGGUCCAUGGCGCUUCUGCUCGCGCUUCGCCGCGGCGCCAGCCUCACACCCGUAAUACGCCGCCGCUGCGGUCGCGCCUUGGCCAGCCUGCCCAAAGAUGAUGCCGGCUGGAUGACGGAGCUCUCGCCGAAUCAAUUCGCGGUGCUGCGCCAGAAGGCGACGGAGCCGCCCGGUUACUCUGAAGGUACCGAGGGCGAGCUUGAGCACGACCUCAAGCGUGAUUACGGUGCGAAAUACCCGGACGCCGGCGGCGUGUACGAGUGCGCGGGCUGUCGGGAGCCCUUGUACUUUGCUCGCACGAAAUUCAACAGUGGUUGCGGCUGGCCGGCUUUUUACGACGGCAUACCCGGAGCGAUCCGCGAGGUGCCCGAUGCCGACGGGAUGCGCGUAGAGAUCGUCUGCGCGAAAUGCGACGGACACCUCGGUCACGUGGCAAGAACGGGGCUUCCUGACCCCGACCGACGAACGCCACUGCGUCAACGGCGCUAGUUUGAGAUACGAGCCCGCUGGGUAUCAGCCGGACGACACGCCGAAGCUUGGCGGCUCUGGUGCCGAAGCCGAUUCCUCCG